AUGCCUUCACAGAUCUUCGUCACCGAGCCUCACCCCACCGUGGCACCAAACACCUACAUCUACUCCGGCCGCGGCGGCGCCGGCAACAUCUUCCGCGCCCCCGUCACCACGCCUGCCGCCGGUAUCACCACGCCCCUCAAGCCAGCCGCCGUCAACGGCCCUCGCCGCUUCUACUCGGGCAUUGGCGGCGCUGGCAACCGUCACACGGCCCAGGAGCGGCCCGUCCGCACCUUUGACGAGGACUUUGACCGCCAGGAGAUGCGCGACCGCGCCGCCAUCAGCCAUGUCGGCAUCGGCGGCGCCGGCAACGUCAUGCGCAAGAGCUCCGACGCCUCCUCUGUCCUCAGCGACGAGUCGUCCGUCUCGGACACCUCCUCGCUCAAGUCCCUUAAGGAACGCGGCGGCAACCUCUGGCGCCGCGUGACCUUCAAGACCAACUGA